GUUGCAUUAUCCUAGUGACUGAGGUCGACACUGAACUACAACCAGCGGAGAUCGGGACCUGAGCUCCACGGAGCAACCACUACAUAGAUGUGACCCGGCGAAUUCCUCUUAUCGCUGAAGGGUGUUGAUGGAGAGCCUUUCGAAUGACAGCCGGGACAGUGGUCAUCACUGGAGGAAUUCUAGCUACAGUAAUAUUACUCCUUAUCAUCGCAGUACUGUGCUACUGUAGGCUACAGUAUUAUUGCUGUAAGAAGGAAGAAUCGGAGUCGGAGGAGGAGGAGCCAGACUUUGCCGUCACGUCCCGCCUCCCGCCAGUCCACUCCAACCACAACAUUGUGGCGGCGACGGCCGCCGCCUCCUCCAUCCCGAAUGGCCCCGCCCUUUUCUCCACCCCGCCGCUGGCCAGGAAACUGACGCGGUCUCAGACCUUCUGCCCGUCCUGUACUCACUAUGAGAUGCCUUUCUACCUCCAGCCCCCCCAGCCUCAGCCGCAGCUCCUCCACCAACCGGACGGGCUGAGGAACGGCGGCGACCGCAUCAGCUAUCGGAGCGUCCAGCAGCAGGAUCUGGACCUGCCAGUGCCUGUGAACAUUUCAAACUAUCGGAAACCCAACCUCGCCCGCUCCGUCACCAUGAGGGAAAUGUUUCAACGCAGCUGUAGCAUCAGCACCGAUGUUUAGCUGGGUGAACUUGAACCUCGGUGUUUGGUUACAUUUAGAUGAGUUGUCAUGGCCAGAACCAGACUGUUCUCGUGUCAGACUGCGUUUUCGUCUGAUAGUUUAGUUUAGUCUGAUAUAGUCUGGAUUGCAGGAUGGAGGACUCAGAUGGCUCUCAGGACAGCUUCUUUUUCAAAGGUUCUAUACUCAGGUCCCUAACCUUCCAUAUGGGCCAGUAUAGAGUAUUUCAACCUAUUGGAGAUGUUUAAUUAUUGGAAAAUGUAAAUUUGAUUUGUUUUGAAUAGAUCUUUUUAAAUACAUAUAUAAAUAUAUAUAAAAGGCAUUUGUUUUCCAGUUUGAUCAAGUCAGUGUAGCCCUACUUGCUCUGGUCUCUUUCCACCUGGAACCUGAGGGGCAGAGUCUUGCCAUGUUAAAUUGAAGCAUUUUGUGGGGAAGAGAGAUGUUUCUCUUCCAUAGCUGCUAUAAAGAAAACAUGAUGAUGAGACGUUUCGUCUUUCCUGCAGUUGGACGAUCAGUUUGAUCCACAGAUUACGAAGAUUAUCCUAAAACACUUAAAACCGACGGACAGGAGGAAAGGUAACGACAUGUUUUAGCUCCCACCCACUGACACUUUAGGUAGAUUUAACUUAGGCCAUAUUAUAUAUUCUAAGACAUGAAGGGCUCACAGAAGAUAUUAAUUCCUGCUUGUUUUCCACAUCCUUUCAUUGAGGUUUCUAGUUUGACGGGAGGCUGGCUUCUCUGAGCUUCUGCUAACAACACACAGUGUAUAUACAGUAUUAUAUACUUCAGAGGGAUCAGUGUUCUUGCAGACAGAGUGAACCCGGUGCCAAAAGGAGCUGGUUUCUAGCAUUUGUGUGCAUUUACGUGAGUGUUCUGGCAUGCAAGUGUGUGCGUGUGUGUGUAUAUCUUGAUCAGUUGUUAUACCAGAGUUUUUAUUCCAUGCAAUUAAACACAAUCUCUCAUCCUUAUAAUUGAACCCAGAAGUGGGUUGCAAUAACAUUUUAAAUACUUAAUGUAAAGGAUGAACAGAUUGUAUUCUUUUUCUCACGCUACUUUACCCAAAAUUUAUUGUAAUGCAAAGAAUGACCCAAAUAGAUUAUAUGAAAA